AUGACAGAAGUAAAUUCAGAAUUCGUUCCGGGCACCAAACCUUUAGACCCGUCGAAAAAAGUCAAGGAUCCACGUCGAGUCGAGGCGGGAAAAAGAUUGGCAAAAAUAAGUCAACAGGCAAAAGCUGCAAAAAAAGCAAGGGCCGAAGAAAAUUUAAAAACAGAAGUCCGCGAAAGUUGGAUGAAGGAAAAUGAUGGAGGAGGAUGGAUUUCCGUCGAAAGACUCUGCAUGAUAUUUGGACUAGGAAUUGGUUUAGGAUCAUUGUAUUUAACAUGGCAAAGUCGUGAAAAAAAUCCUGUGAAACAAGUGAAUGAGAUUGUGAACGAUGAUGAUGUGAAAAAAGAUUCUUCGAAAAAUCCUCCGGAAGAUUCUCUGAAGGAACCUUUUGACGACUUGUUUGACUAA